AUGGGCGAAGAGUACAACGUGGCUCGGCAGCUGGAGAGCGUAGAGAGGAGCGUGGUGUUCCUCAGGCAGGAGCAUCUCACUUUGCUACACGGCCUCCAUCUAGAGAUCGUUUCCCUGCAGAGACGCUGCUCGGAGCUAACAAAUGAUCUGAAAGUGAAACCAUCGUGUCGAAGCCAAGUAGAAAUACAAGAAGAAGAAGACCUGCUGGAGGUCCGCUGCAGGGACAUAGAAGAUCGUCUGUCCGAGCAGGAGUACACCAUAGGAGAGAUUCGCAAAGAGCUGAGCCACAAGGGUGCGUUGGUAGGAGCUCUUCGAGCCAAUCUGAAAGAAAAAGAGCGCCACUUUCUGGAGGAGCUCAAACGGCGAAGCCACUGCUCCACAGUCUUAAACACGGAGCUGCAGAAACAAACUGAGGUGGCGGCAUACCUUUCCUUCCAGCUGCACGCUGCCAAGCAGAAGUUGCACCACCAGCGUCUGCAGCAGAGGCACACGCUCCUGACCAGAGGAUCUGGUCAGGGCCUCCAGUUCGGAAGCGAGCACAACUCCCCCCAACAGUUGCUCGCAGGGCCCGCCAGUCCCUCUCCCGUGGUCAAACCCAAGCGCAAGAGCACAAGAACCUCCUCCAGAAUGGAGCGCGCCCGUGAGUGUGUACCCAUGGAGAAAGUGACGGGCCCCGCCGAGCCUGCCGCCAUGCCGGACCCAGCCCUCUUCCUUCAUCCGUGGAGGUUCCGAGUGCGCUCCAGACAAACGCAGAGACCAGCUCCACUUGGUGUAGAACGAGAGGAUGAAAAUGAAGGAGUCACUCAGCAAGUGCCAGUGGUUGCUCAAGAAGAUGCAAACAUACUCGUCUCUGCAACUGGAGCGCCCCCUGCUGCUGGAGCACCAGCAGAUUAG